AUGAGGAUAAGACAUCUUAGCAGCGGCGGCCUGCUCGCCUCGGCCCUCACCUCACUCACAGCCGCCAACUACGUGCCGCCUGUCAACUACGCAGCCGUCGAGCGCCGUGAUACGACAUGUCCAGCCAACUACUUCAGCUGCGAGAGCCAAGGCUCCGUCUUCGCGGGCGUCUGCUGCGUCAAUGGCCAGGCCUGCGCGCUGGACUCGGGCAAUAACCCGGCCUGCUGCCCAUUUGGCAAAGUAUGCACGGGCGCGGCACCGACGGCGACGACAGGACCAGGCGGCACGAGCGUGUCGUACGUGUCCAACUCGCUGUUCGCGUUCCCGGCGAUCGCGACGUCCUUCUCCAACGGCGGGGCGUGCGCGUCGGCGCUGUCGUCGUGCUCGGCCAACUACGCCCUGUGCACGUCGGACCUGGCCUCGGGCACGGGCGGCUACGCCGUCACCAUCGCGGUCCCGGGCGGCGGCGGCGUCACCACGGCGCCCACCCACGCCCGCCUCGACCUCGCCAGCGCCACCAGCGUCUGCGCCAGCCUCAGCUCCCAGGCCUGCCACGGCCUCGCCGCCGCCCGCUGCGAGACCACGGGCUCCGCCGGCGGCUUCUACGUCGGCACCGCCAACGCCGCCGGCCCGCGCGUCACGGGCGCGCCGUGCAUGGUGGGCAUGAUGGCCGGGGUUGGGCUGGGUGUGCUGGGCGCGGGAUUCUGA